CAUUCUCUUUCUAUACCUAACCUUUAAAUUUGGUAUUGAUUGAGGUUGGAAUAUCGUGCUUAAAAUUAGAUUUGAUAUCGUUAACCAUGGCUUUGUCUGAGGGAACCAAACAACGGUUAGCACUCGUUAUAGAUGCAGCAAAAACUAUUUUUCAUUAUGGAUUCAUCCCAACAGUUCUGUAUUUGGGCUUUCAAAAGGGAGCUGAUCCAGGAAUGCCGGAAAUACAUGUGACAAACCUCCUCUGGUAAUUAGGAAGAAAACUCGUGAAAAACCAUUAAACAUUUCCAUAUGCAAAAAAGUAUAAUGCACAAAAAUAACUUUAUUCAUUCAUUUAUAACUAUAAUUAUGUAAGUACAUAUUCACACAUGAGAAAGUAUAUCCAACAGUACAUU